UAAGUUUAAGAUUUCUUGAUUGAAUUUCUGCUAUGGAGUCCCAGAGAAACAAGGCAAGUAAAGGGAAAAGGAAGAUAGAGAUUAAGAGAAUAGAACAGAAGAGUAGCCGAUUAGUCACAUUCUCGAAACGCCGGGCCGGAAUUUUCAAGAAAGCCAGCGAGCUAUCGAUGCUGUGCGGGGCGGAAGUCGCCGUCCUCGUGCGGUCUCCGGCGGGUCGGGUCUUCGGCUUCGGGUACCCGAGCAUCGAGGCAGUCAUCCAGCGCUACGAAAACUGUGGCGCAGCCGGAGACCGCCGGGAAUACUGCGACGAAAGGGUGGGAAAAGUUCAGAGGGCGACUGAGGAAAACCGCCGACAAAAGGUGGUCAGAGAAAAAAUCAUUAAUUCGUCGGGGAGCCAAUUAAACAUGGUUUCCCAAACAGGGACGGAAGGGACGGAAAGGGGUGGGAUGCUUUGGUGGGCUAAAGAUAUUGACGGAAUGGGAUUGACGGAAUUGACGGAGUUUAGGAAUGCUUUGGAAGGGUUGAGGAAUGAAACGGAGAAGAAGGCUAAGGAGAUGGCAAUAAAACCAGGUUUUUCGUCGUCGUCGUCCCAUGAAGAACAACACGAAAACGUUGUUCCGUUAUCUGUAGAUGAAUCUAAUUUGCUUUUUCCUAGAAGUUCAGACUUUCGAUUAUGGAGUUAUUAAUUAGCUAGGAUUAUAUUCUCCAUGGAUCGGAAUAAUAUAAUGUGUGUUCUUGUCUUAUGAAUUAUUUUUCCACAUAUACAACAUACAUAACAUUGUUUUAUCUAA